AUAUGCCACCAGGAUGUGUUCUUUGUUAAACAUACGAAACAGAUUCGAAGAGUUUGCCUCUAUAAGAAGCAAUGUUAAGACACUUAGAAAUCAGGAAGGGUUGGCUUGUGUGAAAGCACAAUCCCCUUCUCCUGCUGAAGAACCUAAGCAAACAUGGAACCCUCCAUGGUUACGUGCCUUGGAGGGGUUCUCCGCGCUUGAAAAAAUAGUCAAAGAUAAAAUGGAUACUUUAGUUGAGCGUCAGAAAAGUUUUUUUUGUCCAAAUUUCUUAUCGGAGGAAGAUGAAACUCUACUUCAAAACAUAAUCGACACAUCAGCUUUAGAAGUCAGGAAGUUGUUAAAAGAACUUGAAAGAUUUGCUAUUUGUGAUGUGAACCUUCACUGCACUUACAAUUCUGAUGAACUUAUUAUUCACAGCAAUGUUAAAAGGUAUCUUUGCUCUCAUCUGAACCAUCUAGUGCAAGACUUUAAGAAUGCUCAGGAGUUCUAUAUCAAUAAACUUAGGCUGAGAUGGCAUAAAAAACAAAGAUAUAUGAAGUUUGGAUCUGAUGAAGGACAUGAACUAGUAUGCCAGGAAGAAAAAAGUAUUCCUUUCUUCAAAAUGGGAUACUCAGAAGCUAGUAUUCAAGAGCUCAUGAAAGAAUAUAAAAAAAGCGAAAAGAUUGAUGAAGAAGUGAAGCAUAUUCUUAAUACUCUUAAGGAAAUACAUGAAUUGUUCGAAGACCUUAAUAAACUUACGACAAAACAAAGUGAAAUUUUAGAUCGCAUUGAUUAUAGCAUUAAGUGUGCCUCUACCCACACCUUGAAUGGAAAAGAGUCCCUUAAAAAAGCUCAAGAGUCUCAAGCAGGUAACUACUGUGCCAUAAUCUAAAAACAAAGAAAGUAGCCGUAUUUACACAAAUAAAUAAAAAGUAUUUAACAACUAAUAGUUUGUCGCUAUACAUUGUAAAUUAACUAGAGGUCAUAGUUUUCCUCCUAUCAAAGUAAAA